AUGGCCAUCAAACAAGAAGUCACCGAACAACCCAUCCCUUCUGCUGUACCCCUCCAAUCCACAUCGUCUACUACCACCACCUCUCCCAACGAACCAUGGCGACCUUCCGCCUUCGCCAAUGCCGCCACGACCGCAGCUGCCGCAGAAUCCACCGCUCAAGAUCGCGAAAAGACAUUGGCAGAAUUCCUGACAAAGAUGGAUAACUAUACACCUAUUAUACCAGAUGCCGUUACCGAUUACUAUUUGAGUAGAACCGGCUUUGACAGCGAUGAUGUUCGAGUAAAGCGAUUAUUGGCAUUAGCAGCACAAAAGUUCAUUGCCGAUAUUGCGACGGAUGCGUUUCAAUAUUGCAAAGUACGCCAGUCAGGCAAUCGUAGCCGCGUUGGCAAGGAACGAAAAACCGUGCUGACGAUGGAGGAUCUUUCAGCGGCCCUUGCCGAAUAUGGCGUGAAUGUAAAGAAGCCCGACUAUUACUCUUGA